AUGUCAGAAGUAAACAUUGAUCCUGGAUUAUUUUAUAAACGAUUAUCAAUUUUCCAAAAACAACUUUCUGCCAAUAAUAUUCCUCAAGCAUUAAUUAUUGUUGGUGGUCGUAGUGAUGAAAAUACUUAUAAAAAAUCCACCGUUUUACAAAAUUGGUUAUUAGGUUAUGAAUUUGUUCAUACAGCAAUUUAUAUUACUUUAGAUAAAUGUAUUUUUAUUACUUCUGAAGGGAAAUCUAAAUAUUUAAAACAUUUAACUAAUCAAAAACCUGAUAUGAUUGAAUUAUGGAUUAGAACUAAAGAUAUUGAUCAUAAUAAACAAUUGUUUAUUAAAUUAUUAGAAAUUAUGAAUAAAAAUGGUAAUAAAUAUGGGAAAGUAUUAAAAGAUAAAUAUGAAGGUAAAUUUAUUGAUGAAUGGAAUGAAAUUUUAAAUGAAAAAAAUCAUUCUUUAAAUAUUAUUGAUUUAGCAUUAACAAUUUCUCAAUCAUUAGCUAUUAAAGAUUCUGAAGAAUUUAAUAAUACUAAAAUUGCUUCUAAUGCUAGUGUAGUUAUGAUGGAUACAUUUGUUAAUGAAAUGAUGAUUAUUGUUGAUGAUGAAAAAAAAAUCACUAAUAGUCAAUUAACUGAUCAAAUUGAAGAUAAAAUUGAUAAUAAUAAAUGGUAUUUACAAAGUAAAUUAGGGAAAAAUUUAUUACAAUCAAUUAAAGAUUUUGAUCCCGAAUAUCUUGAAUAUUGUUAUUCACCAAUUAUUCAAAAUGGUGGUGAUUAUGAUUUAAAACCAAGUGCUAUAUCUAAUGAUAAAUUAUUAAUUGGUGAAGGAGUAAUUUUAUCAUCUAUUGGGUUAAGAUAUAAAUCUUAUUGUUCUAAUAUUGCUAGAACUUUUUUAAUUGAUCCGACUAAAGAAAUGGAAAAAAAUUAUGAUUUUUUAUUAAAAUUACAAAAAUAUAUUAUUGAUAAUUUAUUAAAAGAUGGUAUUUUUGCUAAUAAAGUUUAUCAAAAUACUAUAGAUUAUAUUAAAAAGGAAAGACCAGAUUUAAUUGAUCAUUUCACAAAAAAUUGUGGUUGGUUAUUAGGUAUUGAAUUUAGAGAUCUGACAUUUAUUUUAAAUGGUAAAACAAUUAAUAGAAAAUUGACAACUGGACAAAUUAUAUCUUUGACUAUUGGAUUUAAUGAUUUAUCAGAUUUUCAAGGGGGGAAUAAAAUUAAUUAUGCUUUAUUAUUGACUGAUACAAUUAAAAUUACUGAUGAUUCAUCAAUUUUGUUAACUAAUUAUUCUAAAGAUAGACCCGCCAUAAGUUUUUCUUUCAAUGAUAGCAAUGAUAGCAAUAAUAAUGAUAGCAAUAAUAAUAAUAAUAAUAAGAAUGGUAAUAACAAUCGACCAGGUAUAUCACAACCUCCCACCACUAAAUUGGAAAUAUCUAAUAAAGAAAAUACCACGAUUCUUAAAUCAAAAUUACGUCAUGAAAAUAUUAAUGCUGAUGAAGCUAAUUCUGAAAAAUUAAGACAAGAAAUUCAAAGUAAAUUACAUGAAAAAAGAUUAAAAGAAGGUUUAACAAGAUUUUCUAAAGCUGAUGCAACUGAUGGUGAUGAUUUUAAACCAAUUUUUAAAAAAUAUGAAUCUUAUGUUAGAGAAUCACAAAUUCCUAAUAGUGUUAAUGAUUUAAAAAUUCAUAUUGAUUAUAAAAAUCAAACAAUAAUUUUACCAAUUUCAGGGAGACCAAUUCCAUUUCAUAUUAAUUCUUAUAAAAAUGGAUCACAAAAUGAAGAAGGAGAUUUUACAUAUCUUCGAUUAAAUUUUAAUUCUCCUGGUGCUGGAGGUAAUGUUACUAAAAAACAAGAAUUACCUUAUGAAGAUUCUCCUGAUAAUUCAUUUUUAAGAUCAAUUACUAUUCGUUCAAAAGAUCGUCAAAGAAUGAUUGAUGUUUAUAAAGCUAUUCAAGAUUUGAAAAAAGAUUCAGUUAAACGUGAACAAGAAAAAAAACAAAUGGCUGAUGUUAUAAUUCAACCUAAUUUAAUUGAAUUAAAAGGUUCAAGAAUUAAAAAAUUAGAUAAUAUAUUUAUUAGACCAACUCCUGAUACAAAAAAAUUAGGUGGAAUUUUACAAAUUCAUGAAAAUGGUUUAAGAUAUUAUCAAUCAAGUUUUAAAAAUGAUCAAAAAGUUGAUAUAUUAUUUUCAAAUAUUAAACAUUUAUUUUUCCAACCUUGUAAAGAUGAAUUAAUUGUUUUAAUUCAUUGUCAUUUAAAAAAUCCUAUAAUGAUUGGGAAAAGGAAAACUUUUGAUAUUCAAUUUUAUCGUGAAGCUAGUGAUAUGGCAUUUGAUGAAACUGGUGGACGUAAACGGAAAUAUCGAUAUGGUGAUGAAGAUGAAUUACAACAAGAACAAGAAGAACGAAGAAGAAAAGCUUUAUUAGAUAAAGAAUUUAAAGGAUUUGCUGAAUUAAUUGCUGAUUCUUCUCAUGGUAUGGUUGAUUUAGAUAUACCAUUUCGAGAAUUAGGAUUUCAAGGUGUACCAUUUAGAUCAUCAGUAUUAUGUGUCCCCACUAGAGAUUGUCUUGUUCAAUUAAUUGAUCCACCAUAUUUAGUUAUAACUUUAGAAGAAAUUGAAAUUGCUCAUUUAGAAAGAGUUCAAUUUGGUUUAAAAAAUUUUGAUUUAGUAUUUGUUUUCAAAGAUUUUAAUAAACCAGUAAUUCAUAUUAAUACUAUCCCAGUGGAAUUAUUAGAAGAUGUUAAAUCUUGGUUAACUGAUGUUGAUAUUCCUAUAAGUGAAGGACAAAUGAAUUUAAAUUGGGUACAAAUUAUGAAAACUGUAUUAGCUGAUCCUUAUCAAUUUUUCAUUGAUGGUGGUUGGUCAUUUUUAACUGGUGAAGGUGAAAGUGAUGAAGAAGAAGAAAGUGAUGAAGAAAGUGAAUUUCAAGCUAGUGAUGAAGAUCCUCAAGAUGAAGAUGAAGAAAGUGAUGAUUAUGCAAGUGAAGAAAGUGAUGAUUAUUCUGGAAGUGAUGAUAAUGAUGAUGAUGAUGAUGAUUCAGAAAGUGGAGAAGAUUGGGAUACAUUAGAAAGAAAAGCUGCUAAAGCUGAUAGAAAUUCUGGUUUUGACUAA